CGAGGCUAGACAGCAUAGGCCACUACUUCAUACUGAGUUUCCUGAAUUGUACAACUGGUAUCUUCAGACGCUACUGCUUGCUGCUGGUAGGGCGUACAAAGGUAUGGCUUGUAUCUGAAAAUAAUAACGCAGCCAUAUUGCAAAACACUAGCUGAAAGGGAUCGUGUUUUCCGUAGCCAACCAUUUUUAUAAAAUCAAUUACACCUGCACGUGCAACGGGCCCAGGUGUGUACUCGUACGGGAAGGCCAGUUUUUUGUGGAAAAGCAAACAGUCUCGGUUGCCUUGGAAAUAGAGGACCAUUUUGAAAAAACAAAAUUCUAACAAUGUACAAGAGAGGAGAUUCUGUUCAAGUGAAGUCCAGUGCAUCAAUUUUAUGCAAUAACUUGGAUGUUUUCAAAAGCUCAGGCAAACCUGUAGAUGAAUGCAAGCUUGCAGUUAUUCACAAGUCUCUUGUUUGGGUUUUUGUCCCUAAAGAGGUUAAAUUGAAGCAGCCAACGGAUGGUGCCCUUCCGUAUAAGCAAGUUCACUGUAAAGGGGAAAAUAUGCAUUCUGCUUCAAAUAUUUUACAGGCUAAAUGGUGCUCUUUGCCACAAAGAACUCUGUUAAUAUUAGCAUCAGUUAGAGGAGUGCAGAUGUUUGAAGAUGAUGGAGCUGUUAUGGUAUUUUGGCAAGCACUAUCACCUAAUCCAACUGAAGGACAUGCACAGUUUGCCAGAGGCAUAUCAUCUGUUGGGGAUGAGCACAUCUGUAUUGGAACUGCAGAUGGCCAUAUUUUAGUUUUUUCUGUGCCAACAAAAGGCCCAGCUGUGAAACUGCAGGAGACUCUGGACGAGCACUCGUGUAGCAUUUGUGACAUAGCUUCUGAAGGAGACAGAAUGGCCACAUCAGACGAGAGUGGAAAAAUCAUACUAUGGAAGGCUGGUGGUCAUUUUGUGAAAUUGAUAGAGAUUAAUGGAUAUGGCUACCCAUGCUCGUCGCUGUGCUUUAUGGGUGAUCUUAUCAUUGGAGCAUAUGGCUCUGGGCAUAUUCGCGUAUUUGAUAGCAAAACUGGCAGUAUUCAUUGCGAAGUAUGUGCACAUUCUAGAUGGAUCAAUGCUAUUGAUAUAUCCAAGAAAACAGGCCUGCUUCUUUCUGCCUCAGAAGAUACUUUCGCAAAAGUUUGGAAAGUCACAGCCAGUCCUUUUAAUUUUGAGUUCCUGUUUGAAGAAUCGAUAUCCGACGUUCAGCUGGCUGGCGCGAAAUUCCUCGAUGACGAUGGUAACUCCUUUGCAGUAACUGGGUAUGAUUCCUGCGACGUAGCUAUAUUUAACAAGUGAGCCCCAGGCAAGUCUUCAUAAACAAUUAUUACAUUAAGUCGAAAUACAGUCUUUUAAGGCAAUAACGGGGGUUGGUAUUCUUCUUCAUAAUAAGACGGUCAUGUUACCAUUGCUUUAAUUGAAUUUAAACUACACUCCUGUUGUAGUUGUAUUGUGGAAAUCAGGUAUAACGAACUGCUCGCUAUUACGAACCUAACGCCGGCCUCUUUUAGUGCUUCCUAUAUAAUGAACCCUCAGUAUAACGAACCCCCGCUAUUACGAAUUUUUGACUUGGUCCUUACGUAGCAGGAUUCCACUGUAGAUGUGUUGUCAAGUGAAGCUGACUAAUUUACAUUUGCGUUGUUUGAUUUUCAAAGCUCAACCUGUGCAAUAAAACUAAUUUUAAUUCUAUUCUGACCCGAGCUUAUGGUUACCAGAUUCUGUUUUCCAUGAUGCAGGGCAGUAUGGAUCAUUUCUACUUUUAAACCGUUUUGAAAUGUCGAGGAAAUAUCCCUUGUUGUCCCUUUUUGGGAAUUUAAUAGUCAAUGGGGGGGGGAUUGUAUUUAGUCUGUUAUCAAUAUUUGCUUCUUGAGGAUAUAAUAUUUAAAAUAAGCAUUAAUUAUUUUUAAUGUUACUGAUUAGGUACAGUAAGUAACUUAAUUGAAAUUGUGCAAAUAUGAAAAACAGGUAAACUCAACUUUCUUCGUCUUUCGCUCUCAGAAAAUCCAUUAGGGGGGGGGGGCUAUGAUAUCAAAGAUAAUGGUGGCAAACUGCAUAAGGUGCCCCCUCACUUUUCUAGAGUCCCCCUCCCCCAACUCUGAAAUGUGCUUAUAGUUUUGCCUCAAGCUGCUACAGCUCCUUAAGUCCGUUGUUUGAAAGAUUGCCAGAGGGUCAUUUUAAACCAUAAUUUCUUAUUGCUUAUUGCCAUGUCACUUUUCAACAACUUAAGUAUCCAACGGUCUUGUUUCGUUUGCUUGAGAUUUUCAUGUCUAGAAACUAUUGUGGUACUUUCCAUAGAAAUGUUGGAGUAUUUAUUAGUUAACCUCCCUUGACCUUGUUACCUUGAAUGGCAAAUGCCAGGAAUGCCGUUAUUUUCUGCCCCAAGCAAUUGUCAUUUGGUAAUGUUUAAAUCCGCCCUCAUGGAAGUAAAAUAUUAUCUUUAAUAGGGUUAAACUUGCGGGAACGUAAAAAUAAUUAUGAAUAAAUGGUCCAAAGUUUUAGAGCUAUUUGUGUCCUCGCUCGAUCAUAUUCUUGUCAGCGCUUGGUUCCUGCCUUCUAAUUGCGCCUCCAAACCCUCCAAUAUUGUCACAUGGAAAUACAUUUGGAUCAUGUUAGUCCACUGCAAUUUUAUUUCAUCAAUGUAGUACAAUCACCUUAAAAGUAGGCAUAUAUGACUUGUAGGGCCAGCGUUUGUAAUUUUUGGGUUUCCUCGCUUGAUGACCCAAUCCUUCCAGAAUUGGUACGGGCAUGGGGUUUAUAGCUUCUAGUCAACAAUCAGAAUGGAGUUUCAGAAUCAGUUGGAAAGAUGAGAAAGCCAAAUAAAAGUUAGUCAAAGAAUUGGAUAUCUUUGAAGGAAUUGACUGGGUGCCGUUGACACCCAAUAAUGGAUAGAUGUCCUUCAAACUACCCAAGAUUGGUUACAGGAGCUAGAAAUGUUACCAGUGACUCUCGAUUUCCCGGAAGAACCAUAGCUCUGUAAACAGUUCCAAGUCGGAUGGGAACAGUUAAUGCGAAUUCUUAUAAAGUUGUUACUAAAAAGUAAUGCUAUCAAAGGACAUAGUCAGCAGGAGAAUAGAAAACUAAGCGUGGAUGACGUCACACAGUAGAGUAGUUUUGUCAAAUUACAUAGUUCGUGAGGAUAUCAUGUAUGCUGUUGCAAUGAAGUUUCACACGGAUAAUUAGCAGCAGUUAAUGAGCCAAUUAUGUUUCACUUUUUGCGGAGGAGAUCCGGGGAUGUCUCACCUCCCCACCUCAAUCCAACUCAGGAAGCAACGUAGUGGCUAAUUAUCGCAACCGUUAUAUUUAUUGAAUAUGGUUUGUUAGCAAAGGGGCUGAGCUGUUUCGGAAAUUGCGAAAUGACUGACAACUUAGGUUCCAUUGUGGACAGACUUUUAUGAUAUUCAAGAACUCCCUUUUCUAAAAUCAAACAGCUGAAUAUUUUUUAUCGCCCCACCCAUAUCUUCUUAUUUUCUGCACAAACCUGGGCAAGGUCAAGCUAAUUAGCCUCCUUAGAAUUUCACGUCAUCGACAGUACCUAAUGCUUGCCAAAUUUUGAGAGUAAUUAUAACUGAAUUUCUCCUCCUCUUUAUUGUUACAAUUUUACAAACAAAUAUUAUGCUCUCCUUUCGUUUCAAUCGUGGAUGCUCCGGUAUCGAGAGUCAGGACCCAGUAUUCCCGGCUCAUUAAUAUUUCCAAAGAUGUUUCGGAGUUCCAAGAAAUUUCUUGAUUUUAAUCAUAUCAACCAACGACUUCGAUUCAGUACUUCCGGCCCUAGCUUUGUUUUGAGCUGAUUAAAGCCCACUUUUUGCAUCAUACAUUGCUUUUAAUUCCUAAGUGUUUUACACGUUUUACACAAUCUUCAAACACCACUCAAAGUUAUUUACAGAUUUUGUUUCGUUUAAAAAUACCCAGUGCUUGGGUCACUUGUGUUUCUAAGGCCUUCUUUAGCGAUCAAAGCCACGAAACCAAAAUAUAUUUUUCGUGGUUUUCACCUAAAAUGCCUCGAAUGUCAUCAUAACAAAUGACUUCUAAGUUAAUUUUUUGCAGAACAAUCAUUUUGAUUUUCCACAAAUUUUUCAAUUUUUCAACAAAAAUCAUGUUUGCUUCUAGAGAAUUGCUAUCUUCUUCUUUGUUUUCUAUUUAGAGUAAGUAAUCAACAGUAUCUAAUAAUUUCCAGAAAUGUGACGUCAUCAUUUAAAAGAAGGACUAUUUUUAGUAAUAGAUGCAUAAUCUGAUUUUCCUGAUUGCUCGCCCAGAUAUUUGCUGAAUUCAAAACAUUUUGUAUAACAUACAAGAAAACCAUUCUCAAGAAAACCAUCGCAUUCCAUGCAAAUCUGUCUUUGGUAUGGUGGUUAGAUUGUUAUUUUUAUAUACAUCCAAACAACUGAUAAGAACUUAUUUUUAGUCGCUAGCUAUAUCGCUAAAUAGCAAUAUCAAGCCCUUUGUAUACUCUCGUUUUUAUUAUAAGAAACUUACUGCGAGAAGCAAUUACUCUGCCUUCAGAACAGAUAACGAAAUUUCAGUACUCGAAGCAAAAAAUUCUGAGGAAAUUGAAUAAUGAAAAAAAACAGUGCCCUGAAAUUUCUUGAUUUCUAAUCAUAGUGAUUAGAUGCCAUGGUUGGCAUAAAAUUGUUGUGCCAAACAGUUAGAAUGCUACAGAAGUCCCACAAACUCUUCACAGUCAGCUUCUACUAUCUUCCGUAAUGAAAUGAAAUGCUAUAAUCUUCCAUAAAAACUACUCCCAACAUGAUGAAUGUUAUUCAUGACUCAAAACUUGAUAGAAUGAAAUUAAUAUAAAAAAACAUUUAAGAAAUCCCGAAUACUGAAAUUCGCCUUGGUGUUAAGAAACGAGAGUACUCAAUGCCAACCCUUGUCGUAUGAUUAUGGUUUGUAGAUUCAUUGCUAGUCCCCGUGCUUCUUGCAUUAUAAAAGUGAUCUACAUAUAUCCUAAAUUUGUUAUUGAAUUUUAAAAAGAAAUGUAAGGACCAAACUUUGAUAAAGUGGCUAGGUAGUUACCUCCAUGGAGAGCUAAUGAAACAGUUUUUAGUCGAACGCUAUUUCUGUACUUUUGAGCAUUAUAACUAGCUACCCUUUUCAUGGCUAAACUUGUCCAGAAAAGUCUCGAAAAGUGGAUUACUCUCGGUAAAAAGGAUGGUCAACGUGUGUCUUUUUGUUUAAAAACCAUUUUUUAAUAAGUUUUUUAGGAAAAAAAAUCAAAUUAUUUUAGAACGAGCCUAAAAUGGACCAGAUUACAAAAAAAUUUAAUAUUUGAAACAAGUUGCGUCAUCGGUGAAGUUUAUCAGGUAAAAUUGCCAACUGGAAUAGUUUGUAAGAAGAAACGAAUGUGUGAAAAAUUGACUAAGAUGUUGUUAAGUUAUUUUUGUUUAGUUUUUGUGUGUAAUCUUCAGUUGUUGGGACGAGUGAGUAAAAACUUGCUUUGAAUAUUAUGUUCAAAAUGGGAAGAUACUCCUGGUUAUGGUUAGUGUUCUAACUUCAAUUGAUAAGUAACGGUCAUCAGUUCAGAAUAGGACUCUACUCUUUUUCAUAACAGGACUCUACUCUUUCUGCGAGGGAAGAAGAAAAUAGAAUGGAUAUUGCCAGCCUGGGUGGGGAGUCACAUAUCUGGCGCUAAUCGUGCUUUUAUGCAUUUUCAGGGUCGUGUGAUCACAAUCUCAGUAAAUACCCAGGUCUCCAGGUGUUCUUUUGAAUUUUGUUAGUUGAUCGACGUUCUAAAUAUUUCGAUAUGAAGGCAUUUGAGAAUGCCUUGAUAUUACCUCGGCCAAGGGAGCAUGUAGCUUUGAAAAGAGAGAGUACUGCGCCCACAUGCUGCAUGUUUUGCGGACCGCAGCAAUCUCGUUCAAAACCUUGGUGUUUUUAUUCCAUUGAAAAAUAUUUAACCAAUGCAUGCCCUUUGUGAUAUUGCAGUAAAUGAUCUUUCAUGAAAGAAUUUCACGUUUUUUUGUUCCUGAACAGUAAUUUGUUUCGUAACACUUGUGGAACUCUGCCAAUGUCAAAAGUUAUAAUUUUGGUUUUACAGUUUUGAUCUGACAAACGUAUUGCGGUUGCAUCGUUAAAAUUUUCGGUCAAACCACACAUGUUUGUUUCUCUGUUGUGUUGAAUACGAAACA